UUUGAUUUUUUAUCUCAUUAAUUAUCAAACGUUACCGUAGUACAUAUGUAACCUAUUUUUCGACAUAGUCGCCAUUCCUCUCAAUGCAGGUGGUGAAGCUGGGUAUCAACUUUUUGAUGCCUUCCUCGAAGUAGUUUCCCGCCAACCCCUUCGUCCCCACCUCCUCCUUUACCUCCUCGUCGGUUGAAAACCUUUUUCCACCCAUGUGCAGCUUCAGGGAGGUAAAGAGAUAAUAAUCUGAAGGACCACCUCAAAUACUCUGGAAUUAAAGAGCUAGAUUCUGAUUAAUGUUUUUUCUCAUCCAGUAUAUCAUAUAUAAAUAAAUAUUAUUAUGACAUAUCUUAAUAAAUAAAUAUUAUUAAGACUGACUGAGAAAAAUCAUUGAAUAAAAUUAUUAUUAAAAAUGUGAUAUUUUUUCUCCCUUAAUCUUGGUAAAUAAGUUUUAUUAAAGAAAAACUUUUUUGCUCACCUUACUGGUUUGAAUUGACAACUAUGACGUCACAAUAUGGCGCCCAGUUGCAUCGCAUUAUAAUGACUCGGCACUGUCAAAAUGUUACCAAAUCCUAUGCAGAGCCAAGCUUUCAACUUUACACGCCAUAACCUAACUCUAAUAAAGCAGUAGCUAAGAUUUGGAACACCCAAUUUCAAAUCAGUAUUAAUAUUAUUAUAACAUAAAGUAUCGUAACAGCGACAAAUAUCACAAGUUUUUGUGCAGCACUAUUUCAUAGUGAUCAUAGAGGAACUGUCAAAAUUCUUUAUGGCUUCCGUUUCAGCGCACGCGGAAGUGAAUAGUAAAGCAGAAGUGAUUUCCUUUUCCUUUACUUUAUAUUCAAAUUCAUCCCAAGAAAGUUUUUUUGGUGUAAACUCCAAGUUGAAAUAACCACCAAUACACGCGUUAAGCUGUGAUAGUGUCUUGUGUGGUGGAUUAUUGUGCAAAUUAACAAUGGAAGUUACCGAUCUUAGUGAUAUAUUGAACAUUCGUACUGUUAAAAUGGAGACUGAGGCGAAUGGGUAUGAUAGUGUUACAGAAGGAGAAGCUCCGGAUUCUUUAGCAACGAUACCUCAAUAUGUGACAGAAAGCGAUUUAGGGCUAAUGCAAGCUGGUACGGAGAUUCUUCAAACACCUCUGGCCGUGUUUGAUGCUGCCGAUGAUGAUGAUACUAUGCAAAGUAACGAAUCAAAUGAUGAAAUUAUUAUACAGCUGAUGGACAUAAGGACCCGUUUGUCAAAGCUAAGAUCAAUGUUGGAGCAGAGACUCGGGGCAGACCUCUCAGAUUAUACAUUCUGGCUGCAGGACGCUAAAAUGUUGGAAAACCACAAGACGUUAGUGGAACAAUGCAUCCGUGGUGAAGGUGUUGUCCAGGUGAAUGUCCAGAUCCGGUCAGCGGAGCGCAAGAUCAAUAUCCUGGACGUUCUCAAACCGGACGAGGAGAUGUUACAGCUGCCUCAACAGAAUGACCAGCAAUACGUAGAAGUGGAAGAGGAAAGCGUGCCCAUACCGGAAGAGGAAGAAGAAGAGUGCAAGGAAGUGGAAGAGCCGAUCACACACGCGGCUGCCGUUAAGUGGGUCGUCGACCCGCACUUUAAGGCCGAUCAUCGGGUCAAGAUACCCGAUGACCCAAGGCAGUGGUCGGUGCAACACGUAAAACUGUGGAUACAAUGGGCCGUCCGUCAGUUCAAUCUGACAGGGAUCAAACUGUCAGACUGGAACAUGAGCGGGUCUCAGUUGUGCGCCAUCAACAAUGUGGAAUUCAACGAUAAAGUGCCAUCGGAUCCAGGUGACAUAUUUUGGACACAUUUCGAGUUGCUGAGAAAAUGCAAAUUCAUCGCGGUAGUACAGACAGACGAACAUGCCUCACACAAAGACCCUUUAGAAACGCCGCAAUCUGCUAUCAAGAAGAAACCAAAACAGUUAAUACUGAAAUCUUGCGAGGACGAUCUAGCCACGUACAUUACGUCACGCAAUGGCAACAACGGACAGAUCCAACUGUGGCAGUUCUUACUGGAACUUUUGACUAGCGCCGAGUACUAUGACGUCAUCAGGUGGCAUGGUGAUAACGGUGAAUUUAAACUGCUUGAACCGGAACGCGUGGCCAGAUUAUGGGGCGCCAGGAAACACAAGCCGGCCAUGAACUACGAGAAAUUGUCUCGAGCUCUGAGAUAUUACUAUGACGGGGAUAUGAUCGCCAAAGUCACAGGGAAAAGGUUCGUGUAUAAGUUUGUCUGCGAUCUCCAACAGCUGAUAGGUUACGACGCGGGUGAAUUGUCGGAGCUUGUUAAGGAAGUUCACGAGUCGAAGGGUAGCGUUGACUCUUACACGUGGUCACACACGCGGGGGAACAUUAACGCCCAGAAACGAGACAAAUCCUCGUGAAUUAUGUGAUAUAAUUUAUUGUUUUGUCCUCUUGACUAAACAUUUUUAAGUACACUCGUCCUAGUGAAUGCUGAGGCUCAAGCAUGAAUUUCGAUAGCACCGUAUUCGUAGAGUCAUCAUCAAAUUUUGUAUCGAAAAAGCUAGUUUGUUUUUGUUUUCGCGUCCUUUUUUCUCGUUGGUUGUCAAAAGAAAAAAUAAAUAAGCAUUAUUUUGUGCUAAUCUAACUUACGGACUUAUUAUAAUAACGUAUACUUUACCUCCUUCUUCAUCCCUAAUAUUCAACCUUUAGUAUGUAGAAAUAAGAGCUAUUUUUGUUAAUAUACUAAAUUCAUGAUAAAAUAUUGUUCAUUCUAUUAUCAGCGGUGAAGGCCAAUCUAGGUUCGGAUCUUUAGACUAAAGAUUAAAUCAUUAUUGUUAGUUUAUUAUUAUAAGCUAGAGUUAAGUGAUGUUUGUAAAUAAGUUAGUGUACGAUUGUUAAAUACCAUUAUGUACAAAUAAAUUUUAUUAUGUUAUUAUACAUCUGGCUUGUUAUUUCUUCCCA